AUGCGACAAACUCUUCUGUCAUUGGCCUUGACGGCCACAAGUGUCUACGCUUGUCAGCGUGACUGGGCAGCGCUGAACCGCCGCAUCAAGAGCCACAGUCACCACGAUCAUGGUCACAAGAAACGAGACAUGGCAGUGAAUUACCCACCUUCUCUCACGGAAUACGAGUCUAUACUUGUGAACUCCUUUGAUAGCAAAUCGCUCGACGAAUGGUCUCACUACUAUACGUCUGGAGAUCAUCUUGGCGGACACAACCGAACUCUAGCUGAGUGGACGCAACAAAAGUGGAUUGAUGCUGGCUGGGAUGCUUCCAUUGAGGAAUAUUGGAUCUGGUAUACUGCUCCUCUUGAGACUACCUUGACUUUGAAUAGACCGGAUGGAAGCGUUCACAAUGUCACUUUAAUCGAGGACAUGCUGGAGGAGGAUCCUACUACUAGCUAUCCCAACCGAAUCCCGGCCUACCAUGCCAUGAGCGGAAGCGGCAACAUCAGCGCCGAAUAUGUUCACGUCGGUCGCGGACAACGCGGAGAUUUUCAGGCUCUAAAAGAUGCUGGAAUCGAAUUGGAAGGCAAGAUUGCGCUGUCCAUGUACGGUGCGAUUUACAGAGGAACCAAAGUGAAGAAUGCACAGGACAACGGCAUGAUCGGGGCUGUUCUUUUCACCGAUCCUCUUGAUGACGGAGAAAUUACCGUUGCAAACGGCUACCUUGCGUACCCAGAUGGUCCAGCUAGAAAUCCUUCUAUGAUCCAAAGAGGCAGUGUCCGUUUCUCCUCACUGUACUCAGGUGAUCCAUCUACAGUCGGAUAUGCAUCAGAGAAGGAUGGCCCUAGGAAUGAUGUGACUCCUUACAACCCAACCAUUCCAUCUGUGCCCAUCAGCAUGAAGGAUGCGGUGCCAUUGCUCGCCGCUCUUGAUGGAAGCGGCUUGUCCGCUGAGCAGGUCAACCGCAGCAGCUGGAUUGGUGCACUGCCGAACAUCACUUACAGCAGCGGUCCAACACCAGGUGCCACCCUUGAUAUGGUCCAUUUCAUGAACCAGACGGUCGCUCCCUCUUGGGAUGUUAUUGGUAUCAUCAAUGGAACCCAUCCCGACGAAGUCCUCAUUAUCGGGAAUCACCGCGACGCUUGGGUUAUUGGGGGUGCAGCGGAUCCAAACUCGGGCUCUGCAGUUCUUAUAGAACUUUCCAAAGCCUUUGGCAAGCUUCUGGACAAGGGAUGGAAGCCCCGUCGUACGAUCAUCUUGGGCUCUUGGGAUGCUGAAGAAUUUGGCCUGCAAAGGUCGACUGAAUGGGUCGAAAGCCAUCUGCCUUGGCUCGUGACGAACGCUGUCGCCUAUUUGAACCUUGAUGUCGCUGUUUCGGGCCCCCGAACUGCUCUUUCUGGGUCAGGCGAGAUCCAAACGGUCGCCAUUGAAAUGAUGAAGAAGGUUCUUUUCCCUGAAGGUUGGGGGGUUGGACCAACCUUGUACGACAUGUGGUUCAACACUACUGAGGGUGAGAUUGCUCCUCUGGGAAGUGGCAGCGAUUAUGCUUCCUUUUACUACAAUGGCAUUAGUGCUGUAAGUCUUCUGAAAUACCCCUGA